ACUCUCUUCUGUACGACCCCGCCACACCUCUGAAAAUUCCCCUUACUAGGUUUUACUGUUUCAGCAACCACCACCACCACUUCAACCAAAACCGCCGCCAUGCCGUGUCUGCUACUAACGCCCAUAGUUUCCUAUACAUACCAGUAACAAAAUCCCUCAUUAUUUGACCUUUUUUCUCUGAUCCGCCGCCCCAAAUUCUGCCCUUUCUUUAAUCUCAGCACUCUGCUGUUUUUCCCCAUUUCUUCUUGUGUCCUCUACUAGAAUUAGAAACCCUAAAAAUCUAUUCUUUUUGAAAAAAAAAAAAACAGCUCCAGAGGAGGAGGGUGUUGUUCUGCCGAAGCGGUUGGUGCUUGGUGAGUUGGUUCGUUGUUCAAAGUGGCGAAGAUGAGUUUGAGAACCGCAGAGGACGAUUCUUCGUCGCCGGAGAUUCAUCUUCCGGCAGAGAUAGACUGGCACAUGCUCGACAAGUCCAAGUUCUUCUUCCUCGGCGCCGCCUUAUUCUCCGGCGUGUCCGCCGCACUUUACCCCAUGGUUGUCCUGAAAACUCGGCAGCAAGUUUCUUCUGCAAAAUACUCGUGCCUGAACAUGUCCUGCGCCAUUAUGCGCUACGAAGGUUUCAGAGGCUUCUACAAAGGUUUCGGAACUUCUCUGAUGGGAACUAUCCCAGCUCGCGCACUCUACAUGGCGGCACUCGAAGUCACAAAGAGCAAUGUCGGAACCGGCCUCAUCGAAUUGGGUUUCUCCGACACCACAGCCGCCGCCAUGUCUAACGCCGCCGCAGGUGUUACCUCUGCCAUGGCGGCGCAACUCGUGUGGACCCCAAUCGAUGUUGUGAGCCAGAGACUCAUGGUUCAAGGAUGCAGCAGCAGCAAUGGCGGUAGCAACAACAGCAUGCUGAGAAACCUCAACUCAGAGAAUUACAGGAACGGCAUUGAUGCUUUCAGGAAGAUUCUGUGUGCUGAUGGAGCGAGAGGGUUCUACAGAGGAUUCGGUAUUUCGAUAUUAACAUACGCGCCUUCGAAUGCAGUUUGGUGGACUUCAUAUUCAAUGGUGCAUAGAGUUAUAUGGAGUGCAUUUGGUUGUUACAUGUGUGACAAUAGCAGCAAUAAUUUUAGGCCUGACUCAAGGGCCAUGCUUGGAGUGCAAGGUUUGAGUGCGGUUGUCGCAAGUGGGGUGUCGGCGAUUGUCACAAUGCCGCUUGACACCAUCAAGACCAGGUUGCAGGUUUUGGAUGCGGACGACAAUGGAAGAAGGAGGCCGUUGACUUUUGGUCAAACCAUAAGGAACUUGGUUAAGGAAGGUGGUCUUUUAGCUUGUUACAGAGGCUUGGCUCCAAGGUGGGCUUCAAUGUCCAUGUCUGCUACAACCAUGAUCACUACCUACGAGUUCUUGAAACGCUUGUCUACUAAGUCUCAAGAAAAAUUUACUUGAUUUCAUUUCCUUUGCUUUUUUUUUUUCCUUUUUAGAAAAAGAAAAUAAAAUUGUAAUAGUCUGUAUGAGUUAGUUAGUCAUCACCAAGAUAUGAUGAGAGAUUAUUGUAUAUAUUCAACUCUUGUGUUUUCCA